GUAUGGCCUGUGCGGACUUCGUGUUUGAUGAGAGGAUACGGUAAUUCUUCUCUGAUUUCCUUUUUUAAUCCUGCUUGGCCCCCCCACUGGACUCGACGGGCUCGGGCCAUCCAUUCAUUCUCUUUUAGACACGAAGCCAACAAUAACCCCGUUUCGUCGUACUGCCGAGCGUCUUUCGCAAUCUUUCUCGUCGGCGUGUGACGGCCAAAGCUUUUUCUACCAGCUCGCUCUUUACAAUGCUAGAAAAAGUCAUCUACAACAACUCGCGGAGGCGCUACCAGCCACGCUUGUGGGUGGUCAUCAGCCUGAUCCUGCUGUUAGCAUUUUUGCUUUACAUCGCUCCUAGCAACAUCGACCAACGGCUGUUUAACAACAAAUUUACAAGCACAAAGAACCGUGGUUCAUGGAAUGGCAACUUUACGUCAUCAGAAUGGAUGAAUGCGCGCCCUGGUCACCUCAUCCCUCCCAAAAUCUGGCAAAUCAUUUUGCCCAAGGGGAGCAAAAAUGCUCAGAAUGCAGUUGACCCAGACACUUUGAAAGAAACGGCAACAUGGCUGGCUAAGAACCAGGAUUACAUAUACACGCUUGUGGGUGGAGAAGGUGGGAGAGAUUUUAUUUCCCGCCAUUUCAACCACACCGUUCUUUCAACCUACGAUUCACUCCCCAACGUUGGGAUGAAGUCUGACCUCCUUCGCUACCUUCUCCUGGACAUUGAAGGUGGCAUUUAUUCCGAUACUGAUACUAUUGCUCUGAAGCCGGUUGAUAAGUGGGUUCCAGAAAAGUUUCGGAGCCGGACUCGGCUUAUUGUUGGUAUUGAAUUUGAUCAACGUGACGGAGGGACUUGGGCCGACAUAUCUCACCCGGUACAAUUUUGCCAGUGGACUAUUGCUGCAGCGCCAGGUCAUCCUGUCUUCCAAAAGAUGGUAGCCCGUGUGAUCCAGUCACGGGAAGACAUGGUCAAUUUGCACGGUGCUGCAUGGAAGCCAACGAGUUUCGAGGUUAUGAACACCACAGGUCCAGCAGCAUGGACAGAUGCGGUCUGGGCAUACCUGCAAGAGACCGAUGACACCUUGACAACCCUGAGGAACCUGUCAUAUAUGGAUUCACCAAGACUAUAUGGCGACGCCUUGGUUCUACCCAUCGAUGGGUUUGGCAUGGGGCAGCCGCAUUCUGCUAGUACGAACGAUGGAAGCAUACCUGAUGGAGCAUUAAUAAAACACAUAUUUGGGGGUUCUUGGAGAGGGGAUUAACGUCUUUGUAGGAUGUAUGACGGAGUAUGUUUAGGAAUCUUUUGCGCUUUUAAGAAUAAUAACUCCCAAAGAGGAAAAUUUCCGAAUUUUGAGCUAGUGCAUUUUGCAGACUACCUACCAUAUGGGAUGGAUAGAUGGAUGACGGAAACUAGCGCGCUGACCACUUGGUCAGAAUAUUAUCAAUUAUAUAAGGGGUAGGUAGCCAGCAUCGAUCAGUAUUGCUAUCUAACUAACGGAUUUCUGUUCUGCAACUAUCCGUUUACUGUGCAAGCAACCUGCUCGCCUUGCUCAUCAGCCUCAUCCUGCUCAUCAGCCUCAUCCUGCUCGCUGGCGGCGGGUUGUCAGAGGUCAGCUGGUCCGAGUGAUGAAGUCAACGAUAGGGCCACUUAACGGAAGGUAGGUAUGGUGUUGUAACAGCA